AUGGAUAGCGACGAUAGUGAGCUUGAGGACUACGAUGACUACGACUAUGAUCCUUGGGACGCUGAUCUCAUCGAGGACAUGCUUUACCAUGACAGAGUCGACUUCGCUCAGGAGAUGGAGAGCCGCCUGGAUCUCCUGGGCCAGACGUGGACCUGGUUCGACAUUGACUGGUCAGAAGAUCGUCUUUACUACGAUGGGGUUGAAGACUGGGUUGGUGGGAAUAUGCUGAGCAGCGCACCUCCUGGGUGUGACAUUAAUCCUCGCCCUAUUCUUCAUGAUCGGAGAUGGACAGACCUGAAGAUCCGUGAUCGCGGCAAAGAGCUAUGCACCGGAGAACUUCAGCCGGCAAAGUUCACAAGUUGGAGCCUCGGUGCCAUUUACCAGCGAAUGACCGACAUCGACGAACUAUUGCUUCAUAUCAAAGACAUCUGGCACGUCAAGAAGUUUGAAAUCAACGGGCAGCCAGCCUCUGCGAAAGUCGCCCUCAAAGAUGCCCCUGAAAGCCAUCAUGUGGAGCUUGCCAGAAGGCUUCUUCUCGAACAUGAUUCGUUGCGCGGAAUCGCACAGGAGCGUUCGCGUUCAUCUCUCAGACCGCUCGCCUUGAUCGAUCUUCCGCUUGAGGUUCUCAGCUUCGUGGCGCAGUACCUCGACAAGAGUACUAGCGAAAACCCGAAAAAUGUUGAGCUACCGUACAAAGCGGAUGGCUCCUCCUACAUCCAAUGCCUUCGCCUCACUUGUCGAACCCUUAACCACGCAGCUUCACCCGCGCUACUGCAUUGUGUGACAGUGCAGAUGACGAAGAGUUCUCUGGAUCGACUUGAAUACAUAGCCGAGCGCCCACACCUGCGCAACGGCGUUGAACGAGUUCGCAUUUCACUUGGCUAUUUCUGCGCCACAGUCGCGGCCACUGCAUGGAACUUCACGGAGUACGCGUUCUGGAUGCUCCGGUUUGCGCUUUAUCGGCAGGACGAGGAGCGUCGAUCCAUCCUUACUGACAUCUCCGGCAUUGAAGACGCGAUGCUGCGACAUGCACAGCUCCGAGAUCUCUUAGACUCUUGGAAAAAGCUUUGUACCACCCCAAGAGAUGGUGCUGACGGGGAGCAGAGAUGGCUGGCUCUUUUCCGUCAACAACGUGAACUCGUGGAGAUGUAUGAGGCGUACAAACGCAGUUUCGAAGAGUAUGAGUCAGUACAACAAAACUUCGUCAACAAAGUUGCCAACGCACUGUCUCAGAUGCCCCGAUUCACUCGUUUGGAAUUGUCGGAUUAUUUAUGGAGGUCGCGACGCAAACGUACCGUGCGGCAAGAUUUGGGCUGGGCAUUGGUGUCCGAUAAGAACUUCAUGGAGGGAGACGACUAUAGAGAAAUUUUCACGAAGCCGAUGCAAUGGGAUCGUCUUGCAGGAUUCUCGCCCAUGGGGGGUGAUUUUUCUUUUGAGACUUCACCACCUGUUGACGUUCUUGGUCAACUUUUCCCCCUUCUUGGCAGGCUCGGAGUCCAGCUUACCAAGGUCGACAUUAACAUCACAUCCCCGCCGGGUUUCGAGGCUCUCUGCCCUACAGAUGUUGAGGCUCGACAAGGCAUCGUCAAACUUUUACAGAAAAUGUGGUUCUUGCGCUUCAAGAUCAGGCCACUAGCCGACUGGAGGAAUUACGAUCGAAAUCCGGUUGACGAGGACGGUGUGAAUCACGUCUGGAAGCCACGCUCGCAAGAGGAGCUGGUAGGCCUGGACACUUUUCUGGACGCUCUCCUCGAUACAAAGAGUCUGAGUCUACUCAUUCUGGACUUCAUUACAUUCAAGAACGAGAAACUUCAGGGAUCCUCGGCCGGGAACUGGUAUCUGGCGUCCAUCAUGAAGCCCAGACAAUGGGUGCGGCCACUCCAGGUGUUACUGAACGCCGUGUGUCUUGAUUCGAAAAGGCUUGACAGGUUCAUAGGAGAUGGGCCAGUGCAUUUUCGUCAAUUCGAGAAUAUCUAUAUGGCGCGAGGAACCUGGAACGAGGCGCUGGACGUGAUGCAUCAAAAGUACGACCUGAGUGCCUACGACGCGCCAAAGACUUCCUUUACCGCCACCCAUAUGUUUCGAGAUCUAGGCGGUGCCGAAGUUCAACAUAUGGAUGAGAAUCAGCAGCACGAUGCCUUUGAGACCACAAUAUCUUGUCGUCCUUCGUCUUUACAUGCGUAUUUCUAUAUCAAGCACGAGAGAGAAGACAAUCCCUUCCGACCUUUUGCGCAACAUGUUGUGUAA